AUGAAGGAUAUCUUUGCAGAUGACGACGUUGACGAUUCAGACUCAAAUGAGCUCAGUGACGUUGCCAUCGACGACGAAGAAGCAGAGAAGCAAUUGAACGAAGCCCUUGUUGAAGAACUAGGCGAAGACGAAAACGACGAGGAACAAGAAGAAGAAGACGAAGAAGAACAAGAGGACGAAGAAGAGGAGAUCGAGGACCCGGACGACGCAGAAGACUUCGACGAAAAUGACGCGGAGCGGUACGAUUUACAGGACAUGGAGUCUGACGAAAGCGAUGAGUAUUCUGCACCAGUAGCAGCGCCGGUGCGGUCCAGCAGGCCGUCGAGAGAAAUCAAAAAACGCCAAUUGACGUUCUAUGAAGAGGACGAGUUGCUCGAUAGCGAGGAGGAGGUGGCAGCACCCAAGAAGAAGCAGGUGAAGCUAACGAUACCCAAGCGAUCAUCUGCCAGGGCAGCGCUGAGAGCGCCCAAGAAAGAGGUGGACGAGUUUGCUGAUUUCGAGCUGGAGUACAAACCUAAAAAGCUUACAGAACGACAACGUGCCAAGUUGGAGGAGGAUCCAAAUGAGCGCUACGAAGACCUGAUGUUCGCGAGAAUGGACCAACAAUUGUUGGCCUUGAACCGGAAGAUUGUGAAGCGAGAGGAAACAGCCGAACAGGCCGCUCUUCGAAGAGCGGAAAACGCCCGCAAAAGACAGCACUACAAGGUCAAACAGCUAGAAGAGGCCAAGAGAGAUACCCUCAACAAGUUGUUGAAGCGCCGAGCCACGAAAACGCGCGAGAAGGAGGCCGAGGACGAGGAUGCAGACAGUCUGACAUUAAAGCCUCGAAGGCCUGUCGUCAACCAUCCGGCCAUGCUUCGAUGGGUUAGCCGGGCAGAGGGAAUCGUGCUUGCCGCUUCCGAGCCGGCCUUUUUCGAAACGUAG